AUGAAGUUCUCGGAGGUGGAAUAUGUGUACAAGCGCCGUCGGUUUAAAGAUAAAUAUUUCGCUACCAACGAGAUGCCAGAUUCGAUUCCCGGACGGCGCAUUUUUGAUGCCGCCACCUUUGAGAAUACGCAGUGUAUUAAAUUUAUGUCAAAUGCGACCACGCGUUCAUGCCCAUUCGCAUUAGGUUGGCAUAAAGUGGAGACUAUGUAA